AUGAAACAAACUACAUUAUUUAAAUUGUGCCAAUCAGGAGCUACACAGACAGGAGCCACACAGUCAGGAGCCACACAGUCAGGAGCCACACAGUCAGGAGCCACACAGUCAGGAGCCACACACCCAGGAGCCACACACCCAGGAGCCACACAGUCAGGAGCCACACAGUCAGGAGCCACACACCCAGGAGCCACACACCCAGGAGCCACACAGUCAAGAGCCACACAGAAGCUACACAGUCAGGAGCCACACAGUCAGGAGUCACACAGAAGCUACACAGUCAGGAGCCACACAGUCAGGAGUCACACAGACAGGAGCCACACAGUCAGGAGCCACACAGUUAGGAGCCACACACCCAGGAGCCACACAGUCAGGAGCCACACACUCAGGAGCCACACAGUCAGGAGCCACACACCCAGGAGCCGCACAGUCAGGAGCCACACAGACAGGAGCCACACAGUCAGGAGCCACACAUCCAGGAGCCACACAGUCAGGAGCCACACAGACAGGAGCCACACAGUCAGGAGCCACACAGUCAUGAGCCACACAUCCAGGAGCCACACAGUCAUGAGCCACACAGUCAAGAGCCACACAGAAGCCACACAGUCAGGAGCCACACACCCAGGAGCCGCACAGUCAGGAGCCACACAGUCAAGAGCCACACAGAAGCCACACAGACAGGAGCCACACACACAGGAGCCACACACACAGGAGCCACACACCCAGGAGCCGCACAGUCAGGAGCCACACAGUCAAGAGCCACACAGAAGCCACACAGACAGGAGCCACACAGACAGGAGCCACACACCCAGGAGCCACACAGAAGCUACACAGUCAGGAGUCACACAGACAGGAGCCACACAGUCAGGAGCCACACAGUUAGGAGCCACACACCCAGGAGCCACAUAA